ACGUAGUUAGCCAUAGCUGCGUGUUUCCACACGGAGACCCAGCACUGCUGCACCGGGUGUAACCAGCGAGCUAACAUUAGGCUAGUUAGAUGUAGCUAGCUAGCUAUAGAUAUUUGGGGGUGUACGCAGCUGUAGAAUGAACCUUAUACACGCAAAUAUUGAGGGGCAGCAAUAAAACGUGUUGCUGUCACUUCGUUUUAAAGUCGCACUGUUGUUGCCGUCGACGUCUUCGGUCUGUUUGUUUGCCCCAUUAGCUGCCUUGUGUUGGUCUGUUAGCCUCCUCAGCUAGCCAGUGUCGUAUGGGUAUCAGAGUUAGCAGUGACUUCACCCGGCUGCUGGUUGCCUGAUCUUUCAUUUUGGACACGUCAAGGUCCCUCCAGUCUGUAGCUUAAGUUUAGGGGGUGUGAUGUCAGAAGCCAAGACCCCCACUCCCACCCCUCCUGGAGACACAUACAAAGGAUGGGUGUUCAAGUGGACAAAUUACAUCAAGGGUUAUCAGCGGAGGUGGUUUGUGCUGAGCAAUGGGCUGCUGUCAUACUACAGGACCCAGGCAGAGAUGGGUCACACGUGUCGGGGCACCAUCAACUUGGCUACAGCUACUAUCACUGUGGAUGAUGCCUGCAACUUUGUCAUCUCCAAUGGAGGGGCACAAACAUAUCACCUCAAGGCCAGCUGUGAGGUGGAACGUCAGCGAUGGAUCACUGCCCUGGAGCUGGCCAAAGCCAAGGCUGUCCGCAUGCAGGCAGAGUCAGAUGACUCGGGCGAUGACUUCCCUUCAUCGUCACCACGCAUCACACAAGGUGGUGGGUCACAAAAUUCAGAAGUCCAGUCUGCUCUCAGAACCCUGAGCAACAAAGUGGAGGAUCUGAGCACCUGCAACGAUCUGAUCUCAAAGCAUGGCUCUGCCCUCCAGAGGUCAUUAGCAGAACUGGAUGGUUUACGUCUGACUGGAGAGGCUGGGGAUAAGAUUCGCCAAGUCACAGAAAGAGCCACUCUGUUCCGCAUCACCUCUAACGCCAUGAUCAAUGCGUGCCGAGACUUCUUGACGCUGGCACAAACUCACAGCAAGCGAUGGCAAAAGGCCCUGCAGGCUGAGCGGGAGCAGAGAGUGCGGCUGGAGGAGACUUUAGAGCAACUGGCCAAACAGCACAAUCACCUCGAGCGAGCAUUCAGAGGAGCCGCACAGGCUAAUGCUAGUCCAGACAAUAAAGGUGCUGCUGGGCCUGGAAAAGGUGAGGCCAGUGAUGAGGAUGAUGACAAUGAGUUCUUUGAUGCCAUGGAAGAAGCCCCCGAGUUUAUCACUGUACCUGCGGACCCCCAGUUUCACAAAAGGUCAAGCAGUAAUAUCAGCGGCCUCAAUAGUGAAUUGUGUGCAGAUGAUCAGUCGCUUAACGAGGAGCCUCUUGCGAUGAACCAGGAGUCCCCCUCCCAGGAGCUGGUACCCUUAAAGAAGAGGCGGACACGCAUCCCAGACAAACCAAACUACUCCCUCAACCUUUGGAGCAUCAUGAAAAACUGCAUCGGCAAAGAGCUGUCUAAGAUCCCGAUGCCUGUUAAUUUCAAUGAGCCCAUCUCCAUGCUGCAGCGGUUGUCUGAGGACCUCGAGUACCACGAGUUGCUGGAUAAGGCCGCAAAGUGUCAGAACUCUUUGGAGCAGAUGUGCUACGUGGCCGCCUUCGCUGUGUCUGCCUACUCCACCACAGUCUACCGCACGGGAAAGCCUUUCAACCCUCUGCUGGGAGAAACGUAUGAGCUGGACCGCAAGAGAGAAAGUGGCUACCGCUCCCUAUGUGAGCAGGUGAGUCACCACCCACCUGCUGCUGCACAUCAUGCUAUCUCUGAUCGUGGCUGGACGUUGAGACAAGAAAUCACAGUUGCGAGCAAGUUCAGGGGGAAAUACCUCUCCAUUAUGCCUUUGGGCACAAUUCAUGCAGUCUUUGAGAAGAGCAAUAAUCACUACACAUGGAAGAAAGUUAACACCACGGUGCACAACAUCAUUGUCGGAAAACUUUGGAUCGAUCAGUCUGGUGAGAUAGACGUAGUAAACCACACCACUGGAGACCGCUGCCACUUAAAGUUUGCUCCUUACAGCUACUUCUCCAGAGAUGUAGCCAGAAAGGUUACAGGUGUGGUAAUGGAUAAAGAUGGAAAGGCACACUACGUGCUGUCGGGCACAUGGGACGAGAAGAUGGAGUUCUCCAAGGUGAUGCAGAGCAGCCGAGGAGGCGAGAACGGCACUGAGGGCAAACAGAAGACAGUCUAUCAGACCCUUAAAGCCAGAGAGUUGUGGAGAAGAAACCCUUUACCGUAAGUGCUGUUUUAA